AUGAAAUUCCCUCUUGUUGUGCUUGUGCAGCAAGAACUGGCAAACUUAACUGCAGGACAGAGUAGCAUGAGUCAUGCCAGUGCUGCACCAGAGGAGGUGGCUGAAACCGAUUGGCCGCAUGAAAAUGCUACUGCAGAGGAGGUGGAGGUGCAGCCCGUGGUCGAACAACAAGAGGAGUAUGAAAUUGAAGGAAUUGGCGGUGACAUGACUGUUGAUCAGGGCGAGUUGGAUGAGGCGAUAGUUGAUGAAAUGGAGGUAGAUGACGAGGAGUACAGAACCUUUGUUGAAGGUCGAGAUACUCGACUAUUCGACAAUGAUGAUACUGUUCCCGAGGAUUGGGCAACUUUGACAUGGAUGGGCAUGACAAAACCAUUCAAGGUGGUUAUUUCCAAUCCAACCACAUAUGAUGUCAAGUGCCUGUUCCCUGGAUGUCCGUGGUGGGUUAAUGGUUACCUGUCGAAGGGGGAGAAUAACUUUGUGGCUUCUAUCGUCGUUGGGCACUCGUGCAAGCUUUCAGAAACCGUUGUGAAGCAUAGAAACAUGACAGCUGAGUUUGUGGCCAGAGUGAUGUAUGGAGAAAUUGUGAAGAAGACUUCUAUAUCUCCAUUUCAGAUCAUGCUUGCAAUUUCCAAUAGAUUAUCCUAUGAAAUAUCUUAUGACAUGGCAUGGCGAGCAAAGCAGAAGGCGCUCGAGUGGAGGUUUGGCUCGUAUAAGGAUUUGUACCACCACCUACCACAUCUACUGGCUCUACUACAUAGUAGGAAUCCAGGAACUAUAAUUGAUAUUGAUGACUACCAGGAUGCAAAUGGUGACAGGGUGCUUAGGCGUGCCUUCUGGUCUUUUGGGUGCAUGAUUGAAGCUUUCAAACACUGCAGAUUGGUUCUCUGUGUGGAUGGAACAUUUCUGACCGGCAUAUAUAAAGGGCAGCUGCUCACCUGCAUUGGGAUCGAUGCAAACGACAAGGUUGUCCCGAUUGCCUUUGCUUUUGUGGAAUCUGAGAACGCUGAAAGCUGGUUGUGGUUUCUUUCACUCAUCAAGCGGGCCGUGGUUUGUGAGAGGCCUAACAUGUGUGUCCUCCAUGAUCGCCACAAGGGUAUACUGUCAGCUGUCAAAAAACUGCAGGAAGGUCGCAAUGUGGAUGUUUCGUGGCUUGACCUGCAUAGUCGAUGGUGCAUGAGGCAUUUGGCUGCGAAUUUUUACUCCCAGUUUAGAAGCAAGCGGUUGGAGGAUCUUUUCAAGAAAAUGUGUAGGCAAAAUCAGAGAUGCAAGUUUGACGAAAUAUGGGCCAUGCUUGACAAGCUAGCUAUGAAUCAUAUGGAGGAGGUUCGUAAGAAACCUAUUGUGGCACAGGAAGAGGAGCCGCGUGGUUUAGAUCCUAUCGAGGGUGAGCCUGCACGCGUGACAAGGAGGCGUGAAGGGGGAAGGUCUGUGAAAUGCUUCUCUGAGUGGAUAAAAAAUGAGCCCCUUGAGAAGUGGGUGUUGAUUGCGGAUACUGAUGGAUCGAGGUAUGGAAUUAUGACAACAAAUCUGGCUGAGGUGUAUAACUGGGUACUUAAGGCAUGCCGCUCUCUUCCCUUGACCGCCAUUGUGGAGUGCAUUCUUUGA